AUGGCGUCCAGCCGUGGCUGCCAUGGCUGCCUCGGCCCCCUGCUCUCCUCUCCUGGCCCUGCCGAGGAGCGGGCUCGGCGACACCAGGCUUCUCGCGGGCGGCCAGGCCGGACGCAGCAGGCUGGAGCCCACAGAGGCGGCGCCGAUCCCUCGAGACGGGGCCGGCCUCUGGCCAGGCCCGUGGCGCAGGCUGAGGCCCCCAGAAGUGGCACCGAGCUGGCGAAGCAGGGCCGGCCUGCAGCUGGGCCCGCGCCCAUGGCCGAUGUCCCUGGAGGCAGCGCCGAGCUGGCGACCAGGCCCGCGGCCGAGGCCGAGGUGCCCGAAGGCGGCACCGAGCCUGCGAAGCAGGGCUGGCCUGUGGCCGAGCCUGGGGCCGCGGCCGCGGUGGAGUCCGCAGCGCUCGCGAGCGCAGUGCAAGUUGGGGGGCACGGAGCCGUUGCACCCGAGGCUGAUGCUUCUGUGAUCGCGGCGCAGUGCGGCCGCGCCCACGCCACCGAGACGGGGUCUCUUCGGCAGUGUGGCCCCACGCCCGAGCGCGCUGUCUGGUCAGUCGGCCUGACGAAGCAGACGGGGCUGUGCGCUUCAGGCAGCCAGGUCGGCAUCGAGGUUUGCCCCUACCCGUCAAAGUUCUCGGGCUACGCGCUCAAGGUCGUUGCGAUCACUUCGGGGCUGGUGCAGAGGUGGAACGCUGAUCAGCCGGGCAAGAAGAUCCAGCUCGACGACCUCAUCACGGAGUGCAACGGCGUGAUGGGCGACCAUCAUGCCAUCGCACAGGCGAUCAAGAGGAACACGGACAUUAGGCUGACAAUCUCAAGGAGGUCCCGCUGGCAGGCUGACAACAGCGUCCUGCGGGACGACACCGAUGGGCUGUUCUUUCGCCCCACCCCGAGUGGCCUGGAGCAGAAAGAUGGGCUGUCCCAGGACGAUCUCGUGAUGUGGGGAAGCUGCGUGGACGGUGUCCCUAUGCCGGACGGACAGUGGCUGCAGGUGGAGGGGAAAGGCUACCUUCCCAUUGUUCUCAGAAAUAUACAGGUACUGCGGCUGCAGGAGUUCCUCGAAUUGUCGCUGCACCGUGCCCACGCUCAUGCCAAGCGCGGCGGCUGUACUCCUUGCAGAGGGCGGUCGUGCCGAGAAGCCUGGGCACGCCAACAGGUAUGGGCUGUCUGA